GUCGUGUUCGAACGAAAAGUGCUGGGUAUUUUUUUUAUUCAAAGUCGGUCGAAAUUUCAAAGGGAAGCGGUUUGUAAAUUGAAAUCGAAGGCGAAGUGGGCGGCAAACUUGUUUACAUGACCUGCUCGCUGAACCCGAACGAAAACGAAGCCGUGCUGCUGGUGGAAAUGGUCGAGCAAUGCCGCGUUCCGACGCUCAAGCAAAGCCCUGGAAUGACCUACUGGGAACCGACCACCAAGGACAUGCAAAUCCCGGAAAACUACCGCACCGUCUUCCGACCGCUUAUGCUCCAGCUCCAGCUCCCGAGGACGUGGUCAAGUUCAACCUCGAGCGCUGCAACCUCGCCCUCCUCCACCAACAAAACACCGGCAGAUUCUUCAUCGUCCUGUUUGAGAAGAAAAAGAAGCUGCUCUCGGAGGUUUUCCAUCAGAAACCGCCGUCGAAGACCUGCGAAGCGGAACCACCCCAAAAGAAGCUAUAACGCUACCACCGCAACCCGCUCAACCUCCUGACUCGGUGCCGCGAAGACAAAAAGAAGAACACUUACUGGCCCAGGAGGGUCUCCAGAUUGUUAACGGAUGUAUCGGCGCAGGAUGGAGCACGCGUAUUUUAAAAGACGACUUGAUCAAGCUGCUGUUUAAAAACGAUCCGGAGAAGCCGCCGGAAAUCGAAGGGCUUGGCGAGGAAGGAGUUGGAACUGUGCAGAUGUGUGUCGGAGUAUCGGUGGAUCCGUUUGCGGUGCGGAACUAUUAUCCUUCUCGUGAGCAAUUCUUGACGUGGGCCUGACGGAAAAGGACAGCUUGUCCUUGGUCGAAACUAGUACCAAUAAUUAGGAUAAAGCUUCGAUUUCUUAGAAGUUGUUAAUGAAAUAAAAUUAAAUUCAAGAGUUUUUUUUUAAUAGGUCCUAGAAAAAUAUGAAACACAAUAACUUAUAGGACCUUUAAAAAAAAUCUAGAAUUUUCUUCCGAAAAUAUUUGCUAGUAUUUUCUUAAUAAGAAACGUCGAAAAAAUCAGCAAGAAGAAAUGUUGAGGAUUUCUCAAUUAAAUUUAUUACUACACUCAACUCAUUUUUAAACAUCUGCUUACUGACUCUAACAAAAUAAUUUCUUUUGAGUUUUGAUAAUUUGUAACCAUAUUUAUUGGUAGCUUUAUACUGGAGACAUUCCAAUUUUAAUCUUGUGAAUCAUAUUUCAAACUUAAGAAUGUAACAAAAAUGAUUAUUUGAGUUUGAUUGGGUGGGCGUGCUGUGCUCAAAUCCCAAAUAUGAGCUUGAUUGAUGGGUUUUCACCGGUACUAAGAUUUUUUUUUCUAAGUCGAAAAAUUCAUGGGUUAAAAAUAAUAGAUCAAAACAUAAAAAAUUAAAGCUCUAGUAUUCAAUAUUCAAAAAUUAAGAAACUCCAAAAUUCAAAACUAUCCAAAAAUUAAAAAAAAACCCUACAUUCAUAAAUUCAUAUUUAAAAAAAAAAUCUACAUUCAAGACUCCAAAAAUUUUGGAAAAAUAAUUCAAUUAAUACAAGAAUUUAUAAAGUCAAAAUUUAAAAAUUCAAAACAAAUGAAAAUUAAAAAC